AUGUCGAGCGACUUGGAUCAACAAAUUGAGCAGCUCAAGCGAUGCGAGCGGCUCACGGAAGCGCAGGUGAAGGUGCUCUGUGCCCAAGCGCGCGAUAUCCUGGUGGAAGAGUCGAAUGUGCAGCGGGUCGAUGCACCUGUCACGAUCUGCGGCGAUAUCCACGGCCAGUUCUAUGAUCUUUUGGAGCUGUUCCGUGUAGGCGGUCCGUGUCCUGAUACCAACUACCUGUUCCUGGGAGACUUUGUGGAUCGCGGCCUCUACUCGGUGGAGACUUUUUUGCUGCUGCUAGCGCUAAAAGUCCGGUAUCCCGACCGGAUGACGCUGAUUCGGGGCAACCACGAGUCGCGCCAAAUUACACAGGUAUAUGGUUUCUACGACGAGUGCACGCGCAAAUACGGCAGCGUCAAUGUGUGGCGGUAUUGCUGCGACGUAUUUGACUACAUGUCUCUCGGCGCUGUGGUCGACGGCCGCGUGUUUUGUGUGCACGGUGGCCUGAGCCCGAAUAUCGUAUCGCUGAACCAAAUCCGCACUAUUGACCGGAAACAAGAGGUGCCGCACGACGGGGCCAUGUGCGACCUGCUCUGGUCGGAUCCCGAUGAAAUCACCGGCUGGGGCAUAUCUCCACGCGGGGCCGGGUUUCUUUUUGGCGGGGACGUGGUAAAAAGUUUCGUGCAUACCAACAAUCUGGACUUUAUCGCGCGUGCACACCAGCUUAUUUUGGAGGGCUACAAGCAAAUGUUUGACGAGACGAUCGUCACGGUAUGGAGUGCGCCGAACUACUGCUAUCGGUGUGGAAACGUGGCGAGCAUUCUGCAGCUCGACGACGCCUUGAACCAGAAGUACCCCACCUUUGAUGCGGCGCCGCAGGUGGAACAAGGCGUACCUGCCAAGCGGCCGGCACCUGAUUACUUUUUGUAA